UUUUACCCCUUCAUUUCUCCAUAUCUCACCCCGCAUUUCGCAUUUGGCCUUGAAAACAGCCACCCCCGGGCCCCACGGCUUAGAAGUCAGGGAGGAGGGGCAGCAGCCGCUUGAUCGGAUCCCUGAUGGCCAUGGCCAGAGGUCGCGUGGUUGCGGUGUGAUGCUGAGGUGGGCGGGUUGGUUUGUGGGUUGGUGUGUGAGGGGCUGGGUGAUGCGGUGUUUGUUUGUACAUACCGUGGUGCCAGGGCCUCCUCAUCUUCGUCAUCCAUCCGUCCAUCCAUCCAUCCAGCCCAUCCAUCCAUCCAUCGAGAUCGCUCCGCUCGACUCGUUGCAUUUGUUUGGGUCCCUUUCUUUUGUUUUGUUCAACAUCCGUUAUCGGUUUUUGUUUUUUUUCUUCCGUUUUUUGCUUUUCCCCUCGCUCCUCUGCCUCCCUUCAUCCCGAAUCAUCUGGAUCUCCCUUCCCGCUUAUCGCCGUCGCCGCCGCCGCCGCUGUCGUCGUCCAAUUGGAAGGAUAUCGAAGUCCAGUGCUCCGUCAGGCCAGGUGCUCGGCCAAAGCCACCGAGCAGUACCAGUCCAGUACCAGUACCGGUGCUGUCAUGGAGAAACCCGUGGUGGUGGCUCCGGAGAAAUCUGGAUUUUGAGUUUGUCUGCGUACCUGCUACUGCUACUGCCACUGCCUUCUACAUGUCAUUGCCUGCUACAUAUCACUGCCUGCUACAAAUCAUUGCCUCCACAUACACAUCACUGCCCGCCAUCUCAUCACCUAUGCCCCAAUCCCCAUCCCUCCCCCCGACCUUGCGCGCUUGGCCAUGUCCUCCUGCCUCUGGCUGCUAGCCGGGAUACCAGCGGCCCUGUUUGGCAUCGCUUGCUCGCCGCUGUCCGCCGAACCCGCAGGAAUAGUGUGUCAUGACCCAGAGUCCCGGCUGGCGGUGGGGCUCGAGAGGCUGACGAUGGCCCAUGGCCCCACGGCGACGGCGGCGGUGGAGUUGGUUUCGUUAGGCCCCUCCGCGUGGAGUUGGUUUCGUUAGGCCCCUCCGCGUGGAUUUGGCUACCGACCUAUUGGCCACGAGCGAAGAUCCGCUCGAUAGCACGGCCUGCUGCUGUCGCUGUCGCUGUCUGCUGCUGUCUGCUACCGU